AUGUCGGCGUCAGCGUACAUCAAGGGACAAAUGACGAAGGCAGCCAAUGCCUUCAAGGAGAAGGUGAAAGCGGCUGAGAGGAUUCUAGUCGAGGUCAGAGAGAUGGAAAUGGAACCCAAGGAAGACAAGAGGAGUACUUGGCAACGCGGAGAAAAUCAUGUCGACGAAAUGGAGGAUGAGAAGAAGCACUACGAUGUACUACAGGACUUCCUGAACCACUGGGAAGCGAACCAAGCGGAGCAACUUCUCGUGGAAGCUCAGGUGUUAGUUUCAAAAUUAGAAGCUUUUCGUCAACAAGAUAAAGACAAACAAAAUAAUACACAAAUUUUACAAUUAGAUAAUAGCAUUCAAUUACCUAGGUUAGAAAUUCCAUUUUUUGACGGGGAUAUGGUUGAGUUCCCAGAGUUCUGGGAGUUGUUCUCUAUAGCCGUUCAUAAUAAUCCAGCCUUAGUUCCUUCCUCAAAGUUCGUCCAUCUUAAGAGCAAGCUUCGUGGUAAGGCAAAGGACCUGAUUGUAUCAGUACAGUUAUCCGCCGAGAAUUAUCCGAGAGCAGAGACCGAGGUUUUGGCAGCGGCUUCGGCGCCAGGCGUGGAGAAGAAGUCUAAGGGCGCAGGAAGUGUAAGAAGAGAUGGAUACAUCGGAGUUUACAACGUUGACCCAGGGGAAUGGGCACCAACUACGAUGGCGCCCACUCAGCCGACUCAGGCGGGGCUAGAGAUAACGUGGGAGACAGCAAUCACGGCAGGCAAGAACAUCAAGAAGGAUCGAGAGGAAAAGGAAGAAGCCAUUAAAAGGAGGGAAGAAAAGAUGCAAGCUCAUCACGUUCUCCUGCUCAUCGGCUGUCGUCACGUUCUUGGAGGAGUAUAUGGACAGGAGAGACAGGCAGAGAGAUUUGGAAGGAAGAGCGGAACGGCCACUAAGAGUCAAUCCUGCGCCUACUACACUACAACGUUGAGCCGUAUACUGUCGAAGAGCUUACAGCUCGUCAGUUCAGAACGGUCUUUCGAUAUAUUACUACAAACAAUGUCCUCAGGGACAGAAUCAGGAAUAUUACAGUACCAGAUAGAGAAACUACUCCAGCUCACACUUCUUGAGAUAGUUCAACAUACCACUCAAUCAUUUCAUAAUUUGGCCGUUAUUUUAGUUCGCAGGCAACCACUCGAGAUCAGGUACACUCACCUCAUGGGUUGGAUCCAUGAACUGACUCAUAGCACCACAGCUAUGACAGUGAAUAGAGACCAACUCCAGGAUGGUCGCAUGACCAAGACUACUUCAGAGCAACCUUACAAGCUUUUCGGUAUUACAGAAGACACCCUAAGGGAAAUACUGAUGCAUAGUUCAGCUGUUCAUGCGCAUGCUACUCGCAUGAUCAGGGUGCUAGAGGCCCAUCAGAUGGUGCACUUCUUCAAUCGAAGAAGAGUGCGAGUUACUUCAGAAGAUGAAGAAUACAGGCUUAGUUCAGCGGUUAGCAUGCCUCCUCCUUGGCCGGAAGAACCCGAAUCCUAUAUUCAAUCUCUCCGACCACGGAAGAAUAUCUCCAGAUAUCGAGGAUCGAUAGAAUACUUCCAGGAACAGGCUCAAGGACUUCAACAACGUCCCACUCCACAGGUCCCACAGCGCCCCCUAACCCAAAUAACGGUUCCCAAGUUGCCCCCUCCAACCGCAUGGCCAACGUCGGACCCCCUCGUGCCCCCGGAGGCUGGACAUCCGUCCACUUCAGCUGCUGGUCGUCGCGAGGAAUCUCAAGCUUUGGGUAAAAGGAAGCACGGAGACGAUAGUUCAAGCUCAAGAAACGAGGCCACCGCCGUGAGCCAGGCUCCUUCGGCCCCUAGUCGUUCCCGUUCCAGGUUCCCCACUCGUGCGGCCCCAUCGGAAAGUCACGGGAAGGUCGAGCCGUGUGCCUUCUGUCAUGGCACAGGGCACUACUCGUCGGACUGUGACAAGUACCCGUAC